CAGCGAUUGACUGUUUUCCGCAACAACAACAAACAGCACGCUUUUGUCGGUGUUUUUUUAGUUUGAUGUCUAGUACUAUCGAAUGCCGUUUCAGGUACUUGGUUAGCGGUAUUUAUAUUCACGUUGUGGUUUGCCAUAAUUCUUGUUCAUCAUGAGCUGCUUGCUGAUGAGAGACAGCCCUUUGAUCAUUGCGCUAAAUAAAGAGAAGACGCUCUAUGACGGCUUCAUCACAGUGCUGGAAAAAGACUUCAGGAUAAGAAUAUCUCUACCCCCUGAUCAUCAGAUGAAACGAGCAAAAUUGCAUUGUUGUUGGCAAAUGAAGCGGCUACUUCAUGGUUAUCAACAUAUUGUGAAGCAGAGAUUACAGCAUUCAACUACUUUGAUGGCUUUUAUCCUGGAGCUCAGGACAGUAUUGGAAGUGGCAUUGAAGAGCCAACCAGGAUGUCAGUCCUUCUCACCACCUCAGUAUUAUUCGCAGCUGAUAACAGAGAUGGAGAUCUUGGGAUGGGAUAAACUGCUUUUCAUUGAUGCAGAGUUUCGCACACUCCAGCUGAAGGCAGAGGACUCUGCAGGUCGUCAGCAUGCCAUUACUGUAAAACUCAAGUCCAAGUAUCCAGCUGAGGCUCCAGAGUUUUCUGCGGAUCUUCCAAUUCCUCUGGUCAUCACGUGGACCUCUCAGAGCACCUUGGCCAACGUCCACAGCCAGUUCCUGUUAAACGUUGAGGCUCUGUCUGACUUUUGGUCAGUGCUGGAUGAGAUCGAUGAGAAGACAUGGGUGCUGGAACCAGAAAAGCCCACAAAAGCAGACUCCACCAGAAGAAUCGCCAUUGGAAACAAUGUCUCAAUAAAGGUACAAAUUGACCCCAGACACCCCAAAAUGCUGCCGGAGUGCUGUUUGCUCGGGGCUGAGCACGUGGUCACUCCUUUAAGGAAUAAGUUGAAUGCCAAUAUGCAUUUAUGGAACCCUGACUGCACUGUCCUACAGAAUAUGAAAGAUGUGUUGGAGAUUGAAUUUCCAUCGCCUACCACCCACGAAAAAUCUAGUUUCAGUGUUGAAUGUGGAAUCUGCUAUUCUUAUCGACUUGAGUCAGCCAUUCCAGAUCAGGUCUGCAAUGACCCACGUUGUGGCCAGCCUUUCCAUCAAGUGUGUCUUUAUGAGUGGCUGAGAGGUCUGCCAACCAGUCGCCAAAGCUUCAAUAUUGUGUUUGGAGAAUGUCCUUACUGCAGCAAGCCCAUCACUGUGAAAAUGGUCACAGGAAAUGCUUAACAACAGUCUGUUCAUUCAGAGUAGCGUUGUGUGGCAUUACGGCUCCAGCGAGGAUAAAACCAACAACCAACAGCUGCUAAUAUCAGAACAACCAGGAAAGUCAAUAGUCUUUUGAAUGACCAUUUACUCUGAUUUAUCGAUUUUCCGAAUCCACUUCCUCUUCUGUGAUUCCGUUUAACUUUCAGUUCACAUACAUCACUUCCCCAGUGGUCUUCAUCCUCAUCAUCAGUUUCGUCCCAUUGUGUUUUCUCCCAGGUGUGUUUGUUAGUACAACUCCUCCAGUAGUCAGCUUUACUGCUGGCUACUGCAUAGUUGUCAUCAAUUGAUCGAGUACUGUUUUGUUGGUUGUCAUACUGGUGGUUUUGUCUCCUGUUGGUCAUCCAGGUCUUGCCCUCAUAAACAUCUUCAUUCUUUUUUUCCUGUGUUGUUAAAGUAAGUUAGUUUUUUCCCACACAGUAUGAGGGCUUAAUGUGUUAAUACACUAUUGUUUCAAACGAUAAACACUGCAUACUACAUACAUCUGAGCCAGAAUCCAUCAUUUUCUGCAUUGUUUACUAUAUUUUUUGUUAUAUUUUUAAAUCUUUUAUGUUGAUUGUAAAGUGCUUUGAGCAUAGAAAAAGCUCUAAAUAAAUAAAACGUAUUCAUUAAACUAA